AUGAUAAUCCAAGCGGCCUUCCCAAACAUACAAUCGAAAAACAUGGCCGACGACUCACCGGACCAGCAAUCCAGCAGCACCUUAUCUCUCAGCACGUUUGAAGAACCUACGUUCAGUGUCGCGUCGCUGCUAGCGGGCCUUACGGAAGGGCUGAUCAAGGAGGACAAGGAGAGUGGAAAAGCUUUCAACCCAGAUCCAUUCAUUGCUACUCUGGAAGGCGCAAUCGAACAGCUACUUCCCCUGCAAGACCAAGUCAAUAAGAAAAUCAAAAGUCUUGAAAAGGAUGUUGCUCAGAAAGAACGAAGCUACCGGACGAGGAUUGAUGAUUUUAAAAACGGACUAAAUAAUGUCACCCAAGAAUUCUCCGGUUUAAAUUCCAAAAUCACCGAGGUUGGCAAGACAGCCAUCAGGAUAGGUGAACAGCUGGAAUCUAUUGAUCGGGUGCGGUCACGGGCCAACGAAGCACACGACAUCAUUCUUUACUACAACGAGUUUGCUCGGGGAGAGACCACCCGAUUAGAAGCAUUGCGCAAGGAAGGGAAAGAGGGACGGGCUAAGGUGGCUGUGAUCGCUCGACGGUUGCUAGCGGUUGCCAGAGAUAUUGAAGGGGUCGACGGGAGUGAGGUUACGAAAGCGACGAUCGAAAAAUACGCCGAGCGGUUCGAGAAAGAUAUGCUCCGACUAUUCGAGAAAGCCUAUCUCAAGGGUGAACCCAAAGCCAUGGCACAUUGUGCCCAAACUCUCCUCGAGUUCAAUGGCGGGAGCUCUUGCAUCCAAAUCUAUGUGAAUCAACAUGACUUCUUCAUCUCUCGGGAUCGCAUCGAGGCCGUGCAUUACGUGGCGGAGGCCCCAAUGUGGGAGUCAUUAGCAGACCCCAACCAAGCCGCACCGAAAACAGAACCCCAGCUUGCAGCUUUGUACUCCGAUAUCAGGGACCAGAUAUCCCAGGAAGCUCAGAUCAUCGAAGUUGUCUUUCCUCAUCCGGUCGUGGUCAUGCAAGUCUUCCUCCAAAGAGUCUUCGCCCAAGUCAUCCAAAGCCAUCUCGAAAAGUUGAUCAGUGCUGCCCAAGGUAGCAGUACCCUCGCCUUUUUGAGAGUCCUUGCCCUGGCUCGUUUCAGUACGGCUCAGCUGGUCAACGAUAUCAAAGCACACGACUUCUUCCGCUCCAGUUCUUCGAUCAACCCGUCUACAUCCGAGGCUUACCCAUUGGCUAGACGUGGUAGCGAUGAUGCUGAUGUGGAUAAUAAAACUUCUGCUGGAGCCAUCCAAGCCGUGUCCGGUGGACCUGGGAUUUCUGCGCUCUCCGGUAUGCUGGACCAGCAACUCGAUGAACUCUUCGGCCAACAUCUCGACAAUAGUCGAUAUGUGGAGCGCGAGUGCAAAAGUUUGACUGAGUUGUAUGCAAGCUAUCUACUUCAGUUUGCAAGAUGGCACCGUGCAACAAAUAAAGCCAAACCGACAAACACGAUUUUUGAUCGAAUGGUCAACCAAAUCUCAUCUUCUGCCAAUGGAACGCCUGGGACUACCCAAACAAGUGGUCUCAAAUCCUUACUGAAACUGAGCGGGAUCUCGGCUGAUGAUUCAACUAACCCACUGACGGAAGAAGUUCCUACCACCCCUGAGCUCUGCGAAAGUGAUGGUCAGUUGGACUUGAAUGUCGUCGAGAAAUUGCUUACUUGGCACGCAGAAAGUGUCGGACGGAUGAUUGAGCUCUCGUCACCGAGCGAAGUACCCAAGAAUGUAUUUUCACUCCUCAAGACACUGGCAGAAAGCUUUUGUAAAGGAUAUGUUGAAACAGCACUCGAAACAUCCUUGGCCCAAUUCUCGAGUUACGACCUCAAAGCUGAACCGAGCCUGAAGCCGAUGACGGUGAUCAAGACGGCCGACAUGGCGAUGCAUCUGUGGCAACGAUACGUGACGACAGCGAUCGUUCCACUGGCUGCUGCCAGUGUGAACAUCCGAAGAGAGAUGUCAAUAUUUAACAAUCAUAUCCUGGUUCGAAUCGAAAACAAGAUCAAUUCAGUGGCUCAGAAAGCCCUAGAAUGUGUGUUAAGUUGGCUGAGUAGCAGUCUAGGGAAGCAGAAAAAGCUAGAUUUCAAACCAAAAAAUGACGAGUUGGAUUUUUCAAGAACUCAUACGGAAGCGUGUGCGGCAUGCAGCGACUUCUUGAAUACUACUCGGACGAUAGUCAACCAAUCAUUGAGUGGAAAGAACAGUGAGAUUUUCUUGAGUGAAGUUGGGGUGGUUUUUCAUAGUUUCCUGUUGGAACAUCUGAAAAAGUUUCCGGUUAGUGCGAUGGGAGGCUUGAUGUUGACCAAGGAUCUGACAAUGUACCAAGACACGAUUGCCAAGUUCAAUAUCCCGGGCCUGAACGAGCGAUAUGAGAUGAUUCGAGAGCUGGGGAAUAUCUUCGUAGUCCAGCCUUCAAUCCUCAAGUCGUAUCUGGGUGAAUCAGCGAUGUUAGGAAGGAUCGAUGGCAAGCUACUAAGACCUUUCUUCCUCAUGAGAGUCGAUUAUGGUGAUCAUUCGAAAAAGUUUUGGGAUGAGAUCGUCGGCGAGUCCAAGCAGCAAGAGCUUGGCGCUGGGGGUGGUGGUCACGUUGAUAGAGGUCUUUGGCUUGGGAUCACCGGCUCUUGA